AUGUGUCACACCAGCUGCUCUUCAGGGUGCCAGCCCUCCUGCUGUGUGUCCAGCCCCUGCCAGCCAUCCUGCUGCAAGCCUGCUAUAUGCAUUCCUGUGAGAUACCAGAUAGCCUACUGUGUGCCUGUCAGCUGUAGGCCCACUGUGUGCAUGGCUCCCUCUUGCCAGUCCUCUGUGUGUGUUCCUGUGAGCUGCCGGCCAGUCUGUGUGACCUCCUCCUGUCAGUCAUCUGGGUGCUGCCAGCCCUCCUGCCCCACCCUUGUCUGCAGGCCUGUCACCUGUAGCACCCCUUCCUGCUGUUGA